GUUGGCCAGUUGGCAGUUGUCUUCGGCACAUAUCGACAGUGCAAUGAUAUCUCGGAAUGUUAGGUUGGCCAGGAUAGGCUUGAUGAGUUCCGAGGGGAGGCACUCGAGUCUGCUGGCAAUGCGUUUGUCCUUUGCCGUCGUGGUCAUGGUGGCAUGAAGGCGUGUCCAGCUCGACGUUUUGGAGCCAUCUCAUGUGGAACUCUUCGCUGGAGCUUGACCAGUCCGAGUGGGUGGAUAUGUUUUUGUUAGUAGCCCCUGACCUUGCUGCGGUGCCGCGGCAGCCUCUGUUAGUGCAUCGGCAGCCAAAUGAGCAAUCCGUAACAGCGCGUGUAAUUACGGUUAGGGCGGCUGACGGAGAACGGGCGGUCGGGCCAACUUCGGUCUGCCGCCCCGCGCUUACCCCUGUCCACCAACCUACCCUAGAUUGCCAUGAUGUCUGGGUUGGGGGGCGGCCAUCGAAGUCGGGUCUGGCAUCUGACAGAGGUUGGCAGGGGCCAACUUUCACUUUACCAGCCAUGUCUUGCUCAUUCGCCAGCAACAACACCACCGCCAUGAUACACGACAACGCCGUCGCUUCCCAGGCCAUCCCGAAAACCAACGGAGUUGCGAAGCAAGGAGAACCCGCGCCCGUCGCGCAACCGCCACAGCGCACCCUGCCAGAUAUCUGCUACGAGCUGCGGGGCAAGAUCGAUGCCUUCCUUACCGAGGACAUCACCAACGACAAUGUCUUGCGCAAUGUGCAGAGCCAGAUUCGGGUGUCCAUUGGCGUGAUCGAGGAGGCGCUGCGCCGAUAUGGGCUCGAUCACCUCUCUCUCUCGUACAACGGCGGAAAGGACUGUCUCGUGCUUCUGAUUUUAAUCUUGGCUUGCUUGCCAACUUGCAUCAGCCCGCCGACUUCCUCUGGGAGUGUUGUCGCAGCCCCGUCCGAGAUUCCGACUCCGCCAUCACAACCGCCGACGUCGGAACCCGUUGAAUCGGCUCACAGCUUCCACAUAAACAAGUCCCUCCAGUCGAUAUACAUUGUUUCUCGUCAUCCGUUUACCGAGGUCGAGGAGUUUGUGGAGAGAACGGCGCAGGAGUACAAUCUCGACCUGAAACGGUAUGCGCUACCAAUGCGGCCCGCGCUCGAGGCAUAUCUGCUGGACCGUCCCGCGAUCAGAGCCAUAUUUCUCGGGACAAGACGGACCGACCCCCAUGGGGAGUUUCUCUCGCACUUUAACCCCACUGAUGCGGGCUGGCCGCAGUUUAUGCGCAUUCAUCCUGUGAUCGACUGGCAUUAUGUUGAAAUCUGGGCAUUUAUCCGGCAUCUUAAUAUCCCAUUUUGCGAUCUUUAUAACCGUGGCUUCACGUCCCUUGGCGGCGUCACUGAUACCCGUCCGAAUCCCGCCUUGGCUGUAGGCGAAGGCGCAUCUAAAUUCCGGCCAGCGUAUGAACUUCGGGACGAUGACGAGGAGCGCCUUGGCCGAGACUCAUAAGCCAAAGUUCGAGAACAGGGCGGUAGAUACGGGUGGCUGGAAAGUGGGAAUCGAAUUGUAUAGACCAUAGAAUAGCAUAGAUGGCGUUUGGGGGCGGCGGGAAGGGGGUUCGUUGCAAAGCCUCUGGUGCAGUUGGCGCUGCCAACUCCAUAAGGUUCAUUUGACGCAGCAGAGUUGUUCAUGGCCUCCGAUUACGAUCUACUCCCUCUCUUUGGAGUCAUUAGGGCUCUCUGAUAUAUGAGAAGUGAGGGGGCAACUCUGUAUGUCAUAGGUGCCAUUGGGAACCGUAAGCUAUAGCCCAUUAUGUAUCACUGGCUUCGGAUUGCCUUAGUUAACUUUCUUGGGCAAGCAUUGUUGACUGGCGUUCUCUUGGAGCACGACGCUACAAGGAUAAGUCAAGUACAAUCAACCAAUGCGUUACGUGACAAAGGAAAAGGGUGUUUCAGGGGUUCAAUGUCACUGG